CAGCAAUACUGGGGCGGGCAACCAAGCGGGAGGUUUAAAUUGCAAUUGUGUCCCGCUUGAAUCUUGGAAAACUAUCUCAAAAGCUGCCGAACUAUAUUUUACCUGGGUCUCCUAUCUACAACAGAGGAAAUGUCUCACAAAAGGCCGCUUCAGGAGUUGUCCCUUCUGAGUGAUAAAUUCGAGGGUUCAAUGCUGACCGACUCGCACCAGCGGAACAAACAGAAAAGCAGGGUAUGUCUUGGGGGUAUAGAUAAUGAGAACACCCCUACCGAACUCAUCCAGGAGUGGUCACCACCUCACAAGCACGCGAAGGUCGUCAUUAAAGGCAAAGAAAACCAAGGAAGACAGUUUGUUCUUGCUAGGCGAUCCAGAAAAAGCACGCAAUUCACAGUUGCAGUGUCCUGUUGGGAUAGUUUACCGGACGAGCUGUUGCUGCACAUCCUCUCCUGCCUGCCGCUACGGGACCUACUUAGGAUGUCCAGGGUCUGCAAACGAUGGCAUCGCCUGGCGUUUGAUGAGACACUGUGGCAGAGUGUGGAUCUGGUGGGGAGCACCCAGCUGGACUGUGCCCUGGGGCAGGUGCUCACAGCUGGGGUGAAGAGACUGCGCUGCCCCCAUACCUUCCUUGGGGAACCACAUUUCACUACGAAAGGGCACCUGCAUGUCCAGCACAUGGAUCUCUCCAGCUGCACUGCCAGCCCUUCAGUCCUGCUGGAUAUCAUCUCACGCUGCCGGCAGUUGAAUCACCUGAGCCUGGAAGGAAUGGAGCUCUCUGACGGCAUCAUCCAGUCCCUGUCCGAGAACCCAAACCUAGAGGAGCUGAACCUGUGCGGCUGCUCUGGCUUCUCUGCUGAGGUGCUUGGAGACAUGCUCCGGUCCUGUUCCCGGUUGGAGAAUCUUAACAUAUCGUGGUGUGACUUCAGCCAUGAUCACGUGAAGGCUGUGGUGGAUAACCUAGCGUGUAGCAUGGUCCACCUAAACCUCAGUGGCUACCGUCAGAACCUGACCAUGGAAGACCUGAAAACCUUGGUGGAGAGAUGUCCAAACCUCCAGGUUCUGGAUGUUAGUGACAGUGUUCUCUUGACGACGGACUGUUUCACCGUUCUUCUGGAACUGAAGGAACUCGUAAACCUGGGCUUGAGUCGCUGCUACCUCAUCCACCCUGCUUCCCUGGCUGACUUGGAGACGUUUCCUUCGCUGAGGACUCUGCAGGUAUACGGGCUGGUACAAGACAGCUACCUUCCUGCCCUGAAGAAGGGUCUGCCUCGCGUCAGCAUCAACAGCGAGCCGUUCUCCCGCGUCGCUCGUCCUACCCCCGUCGACCUGAGGGAACACCGCAUGUGGAACAUGAGGUGUCGGCUGAAAUAUAGGCUUUAGAACGCGUUAGUCGUCUCCAACUGCAUUCAAGGAAGUAUGUUGGUUUCCAAAGGACAUGUUCAGGUUGGGAGUCUCUCAGACUGUUGUGGAGAUGAUUUUAUAAGGGUCGAGUUUGAGCAUUAGGUUGGAAAGCUUUCAGCCAGUGCUGGUUGUCAAGUAAGGCAGAGAUUUCAUUAUGCCUUGAAGGUGCACAGUCAGGGUGAGAUUUUAAAAUGCAGGUACUAUGCAUUUCUUCUGUAUAACAAGCAGAGAACGUUGUAGGAUUUUUUUUCUUUUUAGGGUUCUCAUUUUAGAAAUGUUUUAAUCUUGAAUUGUUUUACCGGUAGAAUAUGAUAAGAAUGUGAAAGGAAGUGUAUUUGUAAAAUUGAUGAACAAAGAUAAAGCCAGAGAAUGUGGUGCGGUUUAUAUUUGCCUUAUGAAACAUUCCAAAGACAGACUUGCUUGAUAAAAGACUGGUCCUAACUUUGUUCAACUAUGUUGAUGAUGCUCACGUUCUUGAAGUUAUGUUACCAUGCCGAUGUGUAAUCAUUAAUGUACUGAAUGUCAAACAGAUGAAGCUAAUACUUGCCUAAAAACUGACUAUAGAACAAAUCCCACUAUUUAAAUCCCUUUUUGAAAGUCUGCAGCGUUUCAAAAAUGUCAUUUUUGUAACUUUUAUAUGUGAAUUUGAACAAAGAUAAGGCUGCUUCCGUUUAUGAAUUCAGUUCAUGUAAGAAGGGAUUGAUGUUACUCAGACAGUACAGCUUGUUUCAGUCAGCUACUUUAAACUGAAUGUUGGACUUGUCAUGCUAUGGAACUGGUCCAUGGGUGUUCAGUGUAAAAUUGUGAAUGAGAGCACUAAGGCAUCUGUAAUGUCAAUGUCAGCCACAAGAUGGCGCCCUGCACCCUUUUAUAUGGUUCUCAUUCUAGGUGUUGAAAGUUGGGCAUCCGUUAAGAAAUUGUUGGAACUUGAAUUUUUAUUCAUGCAUUGUGCAAACAUUUUGGAAAUGUCUACAUACAAUUAUGUAAAUAAAUGUUUUUAUUGCAAGUCUUUGUGAGUUUGUGCUAAGUUAAGGCACAACAUUAAGCUUUAAAAAAAAAAAAAAGGCUUACACUUUUGGCUCCAAGUGAUUUAAUAGUGAACCAAUAUUUCAGCACACAGUGCUGCUGUCUGGGUAAUAUAACUUACAAAUACACAACACAAUGCAGCCCAAAGCUAACAGCAGAUGUCCUAUAACUCCUAGUCAAAAGACAUAGCCUUUAAUGCAUUUAUUCAUUGUGCAACACGAGAACUGUUCACGUAAACUUCUCUUUUUGUACAUUGCCUGGUUUAUCAAGGAUUUAAUAAGGGAUAAUCUGCUCUUCGAUGUGAUUGGUUUUCAGGGUGCAUGAUUGCCCUGGCUGUGACCAGUUUUGAUCAUGUUCCACAAAACUAAACAUUGGUUUGGUUUUAAGGUUUAGUGCACUUUGUAGCUGUUCAUUAGUUUAAAGUCAACUCAAUAGCAAUGCGGCAUAAAGCUCAAAAGGCUAGAAAAGUACUUGGUCAGCCAAGCUGAAAAUAGAUUUAGUAAAUAAUGCACUAAUAUCAAAAUGUUCAAUCACUGCUCUCAACAAAUUUUCUUGAUAAGGUACAUUUUUGGCACUGUGUGGUAAGAAAAUAAAUACAAAUAAAAUUCUAAUCAUUUGACGAGAAUUGAACUCAUGGUUGGUAUAAAGGGCUUCCUUGGUAAAACCAUUUCAAACAGCGUCUGUAACAAUCAGCAUGAAUGAAAUAAACUUCAGCAGCAAGGACAAGCAUCACAAGUUACAACAGCAACUCACAGUCGAGAAUAUGAACCACAGAACACCACCAGGAAAGAUAUUUACAACAAUCUAAAUACACUUUCCCUGACAAAAGUUACAUUUUUUCACCCCCCCAGUGAUGCGAUGGGUCAACUGCAUUUGGCUACGUGUCUCAUUAGAGACGGAGGGAGGGCAGUGAACAGCAAAUCAGUAACAUUGAACUU